AUGACAUCUGAGUCCCGCGUCUCGUUCGCCGUACAGAUGCCGCCUAGCGGGCUCAACACCGGCGCGGCGCCAUGCCGCCGUCUCGUCGUCCGCAACGCGGAGGACAGCAACCACGAGCCGUGGCGCCGGCACCGUGACCACCUCCCGCCGCCCAUCGACAUGGCUGCGCCGCCCAGUCCAACGUGGGAGCAGCUUCUCGGCGAGGCCCCCCAUGGCAGCGGCCACAUCCACAUGGACGAGGCCGCGACCGGCCUCGCUUAG